GAACUCCACGCGUUGAUUCCUCCAGGCCACACAAAGCAGUGUAGUGCGGAUGUGAAUGGGUAUAUUUUAUUUAAAAUACUUAUUUAAUAGACAUUUGUCUAUUUUGGUCAUCGGACAGGUUCUCCUAAAGUGUAACUGUCGGGGACACACAGACAACAAUGCCAAAUUUCUGCGUGGCGCCGAAUUGCACCAAGAAAAGUACGCAAACAGACUUGGCUUUCUUCCGAUUUCCAAGGGAUGUGAAGAGAUGUCACGAAUGGGUGGAGAACUGUCGUCGUGCUGACCUGCUGGCCAAAACGCCGGACCAGCUGAAUAAGCACUACAGACUGUGUGCAGCUCACUUUGACCCCACCAUGAUCUGUAAAACGGGUCCAUUCCGGACGGUUCUGAAGGAUAAUGCCGUUCCCACCAUAUUUGACUUCAGUGGCCAGAACAAGAAACUGCACAAAAAUCGCAAGCGUGUCAAAGUUCUGACAGAAGAAGAAGUAAGAGAUAUUAAAGAACGCAGAUUGGAGGAGGAGGCAGAAGCAAACAGAGAGGACGAGGAUGUAGAAGAAAUGGAACAGGACAGCGCUCCUCAACUAACCCCGGAAGAGCAGGAACUUCGGGAAUACCUGCGUUCCUUGUUCGAGAUCCUGCUUCUGCUCGGCAAGCAAGGAAUUCCGCUGAUCGGACACACAGCGACUGCCCCUCUGUCAUCCACCUUUGAGAAAAGCAAAGAAAAGGAUGAUGCCGUCGACGGCAACCAGAAGAAAUCUGAUGCGAACGGAGACGGAAACAAACCUAGGUUGACCUUCACCCCUCUGAGCAACUUCCAGGCGCUGGUGGAAUUCCGAAUCAGCGCUGGUGAUGAGGCGCUCCGUCAGCGGUUUGAAGGCGCUGCAACAAACUCGGAGACGUGCCCGCCUGAGACGCUGUGCAACAUGCUGGAGGUGGUGGGAUCCUGCAUUCGAAAGGACAUCCUCCGCGAUGUGCAGCUGUUUUCCCUGAUUGCAGGCGAACCCGCGGAAAUGUCGUCUGACAUGACCAGCAGGCAGAGUAGCUGUAAUGUCCUUCUCCCGAUCUUUGCCCGGUUUCUGGACGGUUCGGUCGGGCGACCCCGAGAGGAGCUCCUGGGUUUCGUGUCAAUGGAGGGCAAUGGUGAUCCGCUGGCAGAGAGGCUGGUGGGAUACGUGACGGGCACAUGCGGGCUGGACAUGGCCAAGUGCCGCGGGUUCGCCUACGACUGCAGUGGCGCAGGGGGCACCCAUCACGCGCUCAAGAUGCGCACAGCGGCCGAGAGGAUCUCCGAGCAGCACCCGACAGUUGUUCGCACACUGUGGUCGGGCUGCGGCCUCAACACCCUGCUAGCAGAAAGCGCCAGCACGCCGGGGACGCAGGUUGUCAUAGCGACGCUGGGCCGCAUCGACGCACUCCUCCGCAGCUCCCCGGCGCUACGCCUCGAGCUGGAGCGCACUGUGGCGACAAGUUUACGCGAAGACGAAGACAAGGCCAGGACCCUCCUCGAGGCGUGCCGGGGCAGGUGGGGCCGUCGCCACGACGCAUUCCAGCUGACCUCCGACCUCCUGGAAUCCCUGAAGCUCUGCUUGGAGGCAGUCUGCGACAACGACCACGACCCGCGGUGGAGCGAGAGGGUCGUGCGGGACUGCCUGGCGCUCUCGGAGAUGCUAAACGACUUUGAGUUCCUGGCGGCACUGGUGGUCCUGAAGAACGUGCUCUCGUUCACACGCGCCUUCGGCAGGAACCUGCAGGGCGGCGCCAUCGACGUGCACCUGGCCACGAGCAGCGUCACGGCGGUGCUGCACUCGCUCAUCGAGGUGGCCGACAACAUCGAUGUCUACCACGAGUUCUGGUUCGAAGAGGCCGUGCUGGUCGCUCAGUCCCUUGGCAUCCCCGUGAGGGUGCCUCUGCGACACCUCCGCAAGUGCGGCGCGGCGUCCGGCGGGGUCGAGCCACAACCCGAGAGCUACUACAAGGACCACCUGACAGUGCCCGUGGUCAGCUACGUGAUCUCGGAGCUCAACGACCUGUUCACCGAGACCCACCUGAAGGUGCUGCGCUGCCUCUCGCUCGUCCCAGCCGUCAUGGGCCAGCUCAAGUUCGCAGCGGAUGUCGCGGAAGAGAACGCAGUCGCCGAGGUGUACCGCGACGACCUGCCCAGCCCGGACACCUUGGCGACGGAGCUCCAGUGCUGGCGGGUGAAGUGGAAGCACAGGAGCAAAGGCGUCCCGCUGCCGGCCAGCAUCGCAGAGACGCUCCAGCUCCCCGACGUCAAGUUCUUCCCAAACCUUGACGCCCUCCUCAAGGCGCUCUGGAACUUUCCGAUUCUCACCCUGGAGGAGGAGGAGCAGCCGCAGCCGGAGGAGGAGACGACCGCGCCGGCGGAAGAGGCAGAGAAGGAGGUUGCCACUGGCGACGGCGACUCCGGCAGCGCUAGUGACCGAAGCAACUGCGGAACUGCUCGUAACCGGCUCCAUGCGUACCUCCGUGAUACUCCCAUUCGUCACAGGUGCCAAAGGCUGGCCCUCAUCUAUGCCAACAUGGACGCACAGCACGACCCGGACCGAAUGGUGGAGUCCUAUUUGAAACUGUACCCAGACAGUAAUUGAAUGUUGGACUUUCCAAUUCCUUUCGUGGUAAUUUGAAUGUGUUCAUAUGUAAAUACUGUAUUGUCUUCUGAUCUUUUGUUUCUUUCCCUUUAAAAUAAUUUGGCAAGACAUGGAGGAGAGGUGGGAAGAAUGUGACUAUUUUCAGCAGUUAUAGAUUCUCUUUGUAAUGUACCUGCGGGGAUUAAUAAAAUGUUUAUUGAUCUA